UGCUGAGUAAUGACACUGGCUUUGCUCAUUUCUAUACAGAUAUAGCGAUCACGAAAUGGAGAAGAGUCAGUUACAGACGCUGUUGCGAAACGACGUCGUCCUUAUCCUCUCACACACUCCAACGCGCUAUCACAAUCCCCCACCUCAAGCCACCCCUCCCACCUCCCUCACCCCUACACCGAUCUUACUUUCCAAACCCUAAUGGCUCCAUCCUCAUCUUCCGAAGAGCUGAUACUCGUGAAUCGUGAGCCGAGCGGCGUCGCCUUCGUGACGAUCAAUCGGCCGCAGCUGCUGAACUCGCUGACCAGGCCGAUGAUGGUCGAUCUGGCGCGGGCGUUCAAGAGCCUCGACGCCGACGAUUCGGUUCGGGUCAUUGUGAUCACUGGAUCGGGUCGGGCGUUCUGUUCCGGCGUGGAUCUCACGGCGGCGGAGGAAGUGUUCAAAGGCGAUGUGAAGGACGUGGAGAUCGAUCCGGUGGUGCAGAUGGAGCGGUGCCGGAAACCGAUUGUUGGCGCCAUCGGAGGGUUUGCGGUUACUGCUGGAUUCGAAAUUGCUCUCGCUUGUGAUAUCUUGGUUGCUGUUAAAGGAACCAAGUUCAUCGACACUCAUGCUAGGUUUGGGAUAUUUCCUUCAUGGGGUCUCUCGCAGAAGCUCUCACGGAUUAUAGGAGCCAACAGAGCUCGUGAAGUGUCUUUAACAGCUAUGCCUGUGACUGCAGAACAAGCUGAGAGGUGGGGAUUUGUGAACCAUGUUGUUGAAGGAAGUGAACUCUUGAAGAAAGCUCGAGAAGUUGCAGAGGCCAUUAUGAAAAAUAAUCAAGAUUUGGUGAUGAGGUACAAGUCAGUUAUAAACGAUGGCCUCAAACUGGACUUGGGUCAUGCUCUUGCUCUAGAAAAGUGUCAUCAGGAACUGGGCAAACCAUAGAUCAUGGAUCUUAUCAACAGGAAUGGUAGUUUGGCUCUUGAUGGUCACAUCUGCUAUUGGGGCUCCAUGACUCCACAGAGAAUGGGAAAAAGAGAGGAUUUGGAUGGUUAAAAUUUAAAUAACUUUGUUUUGGUUUGGGGAGAGAGAGGUGGGGCGGGUGGUGUGAAGGAGAGGAAAAAUGUGUUUACAGGUAUUUACUGAAAAAUUCUAUAUGAGAAGCAUGUUCAUUCACAAUUGGUUGCUACUCUAUAUGAGUGGUUAUUGCUACUAGUAACCAUGGUCUUAUAUUUCUAUGAGGAGGACAAUAUCUCCAUUGAGAUUUCCCUUCUCUACAGUUGCCCAGAUCUUCUCUCUCUGAUCCUUAUCCAGGUGGAGAUUUCUAAAUCCUUAGAAACUUCAUGGGAGAGAAGUCUGGUGGAAUUGUCACUUUUAAUGUCUAAAUAGAUUGUUGUUGAUUGUUGCAUAGAAUUUAUUAAGUUAAAUCUUGUGCUAUUAUGGUUAUAUAUAUUUGCUUAACAGCAUAAAUUUU